AUGUCAUCACGGGGGUAUUCAGAAAAACACGCAACCCGCAACAGGAAAGUACGCUCCGUCGCAAUAGCCGCCUCUCCUCAAUGCUGCUGCGUUGCCGACAGGUCAUGACCUUGCCGUUUUAGGAACCUUCUGGCAAACUGAUUGUGUUUAGAGCCUAGGUCGCGACGUCGCGUAGUUCUUCCAGCGACAAGCCAGAAGAUCACGAAGCUUUAUAGACUAAGCUUUUCGAAUUGAAAGAAAAACACAAUAAUCAUCAAAAAUACAUGUGCUCUGAGCAUGGAGCAGUAUUCACCAGGCUUGUGCGAGGGCCGGCCCGUGGUAUACUAGGGAUUUGAACUGAGUCUGAAUAUCUAUCCAGUCUGAUGACAAUGAUAGUUUUGACUCCCAUAUCGUAAUAAUUGUGUUAAGAUAAUUUUUUUUCCGACUUCCAAGGAGUUGAUGAACGGCUUCCUUGACAAACCACUUCUUGAAACUCUGCAAUGCGAAUCGGGAGGGUACCAUAAUGUGUCCACAAAGAUACCUCUCAGAAUGGAUCGUGAAGGCCCCAUAAUGUUUCCAUCGUGAGACCUCCGGCAUACCUUUUAGCUAUAUCUGAGCCAUCUCCAAGGAACUUGAGAGUCUUCCUCAAAUCUCAUUGUGCUCAAAGUCCUCAGAGGUGUACUCGAGGUACCAUCGAUGGACAUUAGGCGGGCCCUGCGAUAUACCUCAGAGGGAAUCGCGAUACUCCUCUAUUUGCCUAUGAAUAGGGGACCGCAAAGCCACGCCCCUUUUCGCGAUAGAAAAAGUGGCUUUUUUUUGGUUUUCAACUUUCAUUUUGUUGUAGUUGUAAAAUAUGUGGAACUGGCGAAUAAAAUUUGACACACAUGUACAGAAAAGCUUCCUCUUUUGUUUAAAAAAUAUUUCACGCUUUUUUGAUGCGUUCGCGCGGAAUGUCGUACAAAAACGUGAAUGGAACUAAAAAAUUUUGUCGUUUUUUGCUUUUUCAUGUGUUUUUAGGUCGAACGCACUCUUUCUUUUUUUAAAUAAUGAUUUUGAUUCAAGUAACGGUAAUUUUAAAACAAUAAAAUAAAAAAUUCGUCUUUGCCAAAAAUUUUAGGAAGUGCCGAAAGUCAUAAUUCAAAAUAUCGUUAAUAAGCGAAUAUAAUCGAGUUUUUUUGUUUUUUUUCAAAAAUUUAGAUCAUGAGCUUACUUAAAUAUUUCUCUACAGCAUCUUCGCUUGAAAAAAAGUUGUUUAAUACGCAAAAAAAUGCUCUUGAAACUAGAGAACAGAAUUAGCGGCGUUUAUCACACAGAAAGCGGUCGAACGCAGGUUUUUUUCAAACGAUUAUAUACAUUUAUUAGUAAAAAAAUCUUUCAAUUAAAAAGAAUAAAAUAAAAAAAUUCGUCUUUGCCAAAAAAAUUUACGGGGCCGUUUUAAUGCAGCGAUCGUUAAACGAGGCAAAAAGCACUAAAAAAACAGUUUUUUCGAAGUGAAUUUCCACGAAAAGUUUGAGUAAAGAUUUGCGAACAUAUUCUGAUAAAAGUAGCUAAAUUACUUCAAAUUUUUAUUUUUGAAAUAGGCAAUCUGUGCUAUUCAAACGGCUGAAGGGUAUGGCGGAUGGAUGCUCCCUUCUCUAGACCUGACCGCUUGGCGCAGCGCGUGCGCUGCGAUUUUUCAUUUUGAGGUCGCGAGUUCGAUACCCGCAAGCGUCAGUUUUUUGUUUUCUGGAAAAUACUGACUUUUUCGGCAAACUAGCAAAUAUUCAUCAUUUUAGCACUCUAUUAUGAUUUUUUACAUCAUAAUAGACCAGUAACAAAACUUGUUCUAGAAGAAAAAUCGAGAAAAAUGUCAAAAAUGGAUAAUACCAAAAAUUCAGUACUAAAAAAAUGGUGCGCGGCGCCCCACAUUUUUCGUCAUAACUUUUUUCAUCCUCAAUCUUUUUUGAAAAACUAAACGGUUCUGAGUUUUGAAUCGAAACAGCUAUCAAACCAUACGAAGCUCAAUGCUGAAAAAAAAUUUUUGGAAAUUCGUCUGCGGUCCCUACCUAUGAACUCACGAAGAAUAUAUGAAAACUGUACUCUGCAACUCACAAAAACCCUUUACGAGGCGUUUCUAAUUCUGAUAGUUUUUCCUGGAGUUAGUAAACUUAUGCCCUCAUUUCUUUCACAGCGAAGUUCGUUCUAGGGCCUUUGAAACUUUUUGCAGCUUGGCCGUAACUUUCCUUGUUGUCUGUGUGCCGCGACUUGAAAUUUCACCGAACGACAUUCCGUUGUUUCGCUGCGUGCGUUCGCGAAGCGUCUUUCAAAUCUAGGUCACGCGUUCAGAUGAUUUUUAUUGCUGUGGGAUCACAUGAAAGUGGAGUACCUUGAUAAAAAAAAGUUAAAAGCGCGACGAAGGUUUCGCAAAGGCGCACAGCGGAACAGCGGAAUGUCGUUCGCUGAAGUUUAAACUCGUGGCACACGGACUAUAGUAGAGGGAAUUUUCAGCCUUAAAAACUUUCUAAUUCCCGAGAACACACGCCUCAAAGUCCAAGAAAACUAUCAAGGUCCUGUUGCAGUUGCGAGCAAGCGCUUUGUGGAAAAGAAAUCAGCCCACUCUCUUUCCCGGAAACUAGGAAAAUUUGAAGACUAUAGACCUGGUACAAAAAAAAUUUCUUCUAUAUAUAACGGCUGAUUUCUUUUGGAAGAAUGAUAUUUUUUGAAAACGAAAAAAGAAUUUCAAAGCCAAAUAUAUAUUUUUUUUCUGGAUUCCAACUUUGUACCUUUUCCUCGUUUCAUAUUGAGUCGAUUGAACCAGGGACAACACUUCAGGUUAAACUAUUUGAGCUUACAAAUAACCAUGGAAAGAAAUACGCAAGAGUUGAACGAUUAUCGUUUGUGGGCGGGUCGAAAUCGCGCGCAUCUAACAGAAAGGGAUAUCCUCCGAACACUGACGUCUGCUUCAUAUGUUCUUCUCUUGAUGCUGUAGAACUUCUUUCUCCUAGACAUUCAUCAGCCGCAAACUACAACGGAAAAUCUUGUUUCACGUUAGGAGCGGUGAGGUUUUUUUUCGACUUUUAUGAUUAGUAAAACGCAAUCGUAAAUGAAGACAUUAGUUUUCUGUAGCCAAAAGUUUUUCUCUGGCAUUCCUUCUCUGGAAACUUUUUUUUUCGUAGUUGUUUUUGUAUCCGCCAACUCCUAGUACUUGUUUUAUUCUGAUAAUUCCAGCACUUUCUAUUGAAUUUUAAAUAUAAUUUUCAAAUUAAAACGGCUCAUUGUAAGAGGUAUUAGGUGGCAGAAUUUCUGUGCUGAUUUAUUCGAGUUUUUUGUUUUUUCGCUUAAAGCGUGAGGAGAUUCUGGAAUAAACUUUUUUUGAAGUUUUGGUUUGAUCUCGGUUAAUACGUAAAACUGUUUUCAUGCUCUAGGAGAUUAUCAGAAAACGUAUGAAUUCGCAGACUUGCAGCUGAUUCAAAUGGCUAACCAUGGACCAAGCUACGGUUUGAGCAGAGAGCUUCAGAAAAAGGUUUAAUUUUCGUUGAAUUGUAUUGAAACGAGUUAUACAAUACAGCACUCCUUUGAGUGACCUGGAUCCACUCGGAACAUAGUUACAUGGCCGCGCUUGUUGUUGUUGUGGUGGUCUGGCGCAGCCGUAUUAGGUCACGUUUCUCAACCCCCGAAUUCCCACAAUACUUUACAUUUGUCUUCGUUUAGAAUUUUCUUUAAGAUUUGAAUGAAGUUGAAUUCCAAUACCGAUAAAGGGGCGGAAAAAACGAGAAUAAUGUUUUUAGUAGCUCUCCUUGAACAUUUUCAACUUUAAUUUCCUUGAUAACAACUCUGUAAAAAUGAGAAAACUUCAGAAUGAAGCGCGUUUCGUGCUGGAAGAAGCUAUCGAGGUUCUCUCUUGGAUAGAACAGGCAAAGAACUCCGGAAAGUUUUCUAAAAAAAACACUUUUUUUUCAGAUGAUCGGUGAGCCAUUUGCGAUAGCCACAUCUUCGUGUGCGAACUCUGAAGACGUUUGUCGUCUUCUCAAGGACGGAAUCGCCUUGUGCAAGUCCGUUUCAACAGUAUAUUAUUCUCUUAACGCGAAAUUCAGACUCAUGCAAACGUUGGACCCAACGGCACCGGUGGCAUAUAAUCGAAAACCUAAAAUGCCCUUUCACAUGGUUUCUUUCAAUAGUUUCGACAACGAUUCAAUUUUCAAAAAUCAGAUGGAAAAUAUAUCUAACUUUCUGGAAGCCGUGAAGAAGUUCGGAGUUAUGGAGAUCAGCUGCUUUCAAACAGUCGACCUGUACGAGAACAAGCAAUGCUAUAAGGUUAGAAAUAAACUUUUUCAUAUAGAAACAGGAUUUUUUCAAGGUUAUCGAGUGUCUACGAUCACUAGCGACAGUCGUAAGUUCUUUCCGUUUUUAACAUUCUGUGCAUCUGCAGGUGACUCGCAGGCGCAGGCGCGGCACCCGCAUCUAGACUAUCCGCCAUGGGUCGUCAAACUGGCUAAUUCGUGUCCACGCAAGUUCCCGGUGGCCGUUAUCCGACGCGGAGAGAUGGUCAUCCCUCUGCAGGUCACUUUUCCAAUCUUCGCAUAGAUAGAAGACUGAUAGAAUUAUGUUAGACUGCAAAACAAAAAAACUUUCAUUCUCAAAAAAACUGAUCUAAAAAAAGUCUAAUAUUUGUGAAGAUUUUGAAAAUUGACCUUUUUUUUUCGUAUUUUCCACUGAAAUGAGAAAUCACUGCUAAAUGUAAAAAUAAAAAUAAUGUUGCCCCAUAAGAUUUUCUAUCAGACUUCGUUCACGAAGAGUCGAGAAAUAUUUAUUGGAGACGCCUGAACCUUUUCUUUUCGUUUAAAAUUUUGAUAAUCGUGUGGAGACCCUCGUUAACAACAUUCACAAAAUAAUAAAUAAGAACCUUUCGACGCAAAAAAGGUUAUUAGGCCCAAGGAUCACCUAUAUACUUCCAAAUAAAAAAAUAUCAAAGACAAGUUAUUUCAUUUGCUUUCAACGUGGAUAUAACAGUUUCAAAAUACAUAAUUACAGUAUGGAACAAACAAGUGCGCCUCGCAGAAGGGAAUGUCACCGUACGGCCUGCCGAGACAAAUAAAACCUGACCCACAUGGAUAA